AUUUACAAACAUUUACGUUACAGUAACUGUUAGUCAUUCUCAAUUUUUGUGAAUGGCUACUGCCACUAGUAGUUCUAAGCAACCAGUUUGUGUUCCUGAUAGUGUGACUGAAGAUAAGGUUGUACAUUGGAAAAUACAUCGUCGACAACUCGUUAACCCAUCGGUUUCUAUCUGCGAACUUGUUGAUGACGCGUCUGGUAAGAUAGACAUUAGAGCUCCUGGCUAUGGUUGGGUAACCAAGAUGAAAGAUGAAGGUGCCGUAGUUGUUCCUGGAUGUGUUCUAUUCAACUUCCUACCAUGCACACAUCACGUUGUAAUGAAAGACUUGUGUGCGGAAUGUGGUGCCAAUUUGCGUAGAGAAGGAGGGAUAUCAGGUGAACGGAUUACUGAUGCCAGUGCUAGUAUACCAAUGGUGCAUGCAAUCCCAGAACUUCAUGUCAGUGAAACAGUUGCAGAUGAAAUCGCUUUACAGGAUCAACAAAGUUUAUUGGCUGCUCGAAAACUUGUUUUACUGGUUGAUCUUGAUCAGACAAUAAUACAUACAACUAAUGAUCCAAAAGCUUUUAAAUAUAAAAAUGUACAUCGAUAUCGUUUGCCAGGAUCACCACUUGUUUAUCAUACACGAUUAAGACCUCAUUUGGAAAAAGUGUUAGAUUGUCUUAGUCAGUAUUAUCAAAUGCAUAUCUGCACUUUUGGUAACCGUGUCUAUGCACAUCAACUUGCUUCAAUGAUUGAUCCAAAACGUAGGUAUUUUUCACAACGUAUCCUAUCACGGGAUGAAUGUUUUAAUCCAGUUACAAAGUCAGCAAAUUUAAAAGCAUUAUUUCCUCGUGGCCUCAACCUAGUAUGUAUUAUUGAUGAUCGCGGUGAAGUAUGGGAUUGGUCUUCCAAUUUAAUUCAUGUUAAACCAUAUCGCUUUUUUCCAGAUAUUGGAGAUAUUAAUGCCUUUCCGUGGUCAUCACAACCAUCAUCAUCUUCAAUCCAUACUUUGUCAUCUUCUGAUAGUUGUACAUCGACUUCAACAAAGGUCACAGAAUCCUCCUCCUCACCGUUAUCAAAUUGUUCAAAUGUUCAACUGAUCGAUAAAUCUGAUCAAAAUAUGAAUUCACAGGUUAGUGAAGUUAAUGAGAAUAUUUUAUCACACGAUGUGGAAGCAAAGUCAAAUAACAAGGAUAAUACUACAAUUGCUAUCAGCAAUAAUGAAAAGCCGGUUCUCUGUACACUGGAUAAGACUAAUGAUGAUGCUUCUGUUACUACUACUGAUAAUAAUGAUAUUGAAUUUUGUCAAACUCAGUCAACUAGUGCAAAUGUCACACUAAACUUAUCCAAAUCAACUGAUAAUAUUGGAGACCAUAUAGACGAUAAUUCCACUACAACUACCGUUGUUGUUGAUGAUGAUCAUGACAAGAAUGAUAUUAAUAAUAAUAAUGAUCAUGAUUCAUUAUCGACAGUAAAAGAGAUAGAAAUAGAAAUAGACGCUGCAGAUGAUGAUUAUUUAUUACGUUUACAAGAGAUUCUAUUGAGAAUUCAUCGAAAUUAUUUUAAAACUUAUGAUCUAUGGCAAACUGGUCAUUAUAAUCAUCAUAAAACAACAUUGAUGACAAAAUCACUAGAGAAUAAACACAGUGACCAUUCAAUAAACUCAUCCAUUGUGAAUAAUUCACGUAAAAAUGUCUGCCUAACAAAUCCGACUGGAAAUACAGAUGUAAUACCCACAUAUUUACCGCACGUUUCUGAUAUUAUAGCCAAAUUAAGAAAAACUGUACUUGGUCCUAACUGUCAUAUCACAUUGUCUGGGUUAUCACCUGCACAUUUUCCUGCUGAUCGGUGCUUAGCUGGUCGAAUUGUACGCAGUUUAGGUGGUAUAUUGCAUGCAAGCUUAAGACUACCGUCAAUAUGCAAUCAGUCAAAUGGUAAUGAUGAUAAGAAUGGUGAUAAUACAACAUCUAUGCCAGUUAACAAGUUGGAGCUAAAGUCCGAAUCACAUGGUAUUGUGCAUAGUGUUUCUACUCACUAUACAACACAUUUAAUUGCUUGUCGUAGAGGAACAGAAAAAGUACAUGCUGCAUUAAAAUAUCUUACAAUAGAUAGUAAUAAUCUUCAAGUAAACAAUAAUUCAUCUUCACAUUCACUUCAUCUUGUUUCACCGCAAUGGUUAUGGUCUUGUCAUUAUCAUUGGGAUCAUGUAUGUGAAUCAAAGUAUCCAUUAGAUCGUGAUUUUCAUCCAAGUGAUUUUGAUCCGGAUAUUGAACCGAUUCCAGGUACAAUUCGAUAUGCAAAACGUAUGCGACGACACUAUUAUCAUCAUCAUCAUUCCCAUAUUAAUCCUUCUGAUGGACUUCAUCAUCUUUCUACGCAUAAUGAUAAUCGUCCACGUCAUCAUCGCCACAGUCAUAGUCGUCAUCACCACCAUCGUCAUUCUCAACAUCAUACUCAUCUUCAAGAUAAACAUUAUCAUAAGCAUUCACAUAAACAUCAUCGAUUAUCUAUGGAAUUAGAACCGUCUUCUGAUAUGAGUGAUGACAUUAAACAGAAAAUACCUCGUCUAGAUCCAAGUGUAGUCCGAUCCGCUUUAGAUUCUAUUCGUACAGAACGAGAAAACGAUCGAAAACGUAAAUUGAGAAAGAAAUCAAAAACUAAGAGACAUCAUAAACGACACCGUCAAGAUUUAUCUCAUCAUGAAAAUGCAAAAGUGAAGAAUAUUUCAUUAAUUGAUAAUGUAACUAUAAAUGAUCAGGAUGGAAUAAUGUCUGGAAAUGAAAGUUCUUCAUCUUCUUCGUCAUCACCAUCAUUGAAAUCUGAUUCCUCUAUAGAAUCAGAUGUUGAUCAUCAUGAGAGACAACCAAAUAAUUCAUCAUCAUCAUCAUCAUUCACAGAACAUUCCACAAAGCAAGGAAAUAUUUCAACAGAAAAUUCAAAAUUAGCAUGUUUAUUUGAUGAGUCAUUAUGCGAUCAUAGUGAAAUUUGUCAAAAUAAUAGUAUUAUAAAUUGUGAUCUAUGUAAAUCAACUUCAUCAUUAUUAUGUAAUUCUGACAAGUUACUUAUGAAAAGUCCAGUAGUAGUUGAUCAUUAUGUGACAGAAAUUAAAGAUGAAGGAGAUCAAGAUUUCAAUGAAUAUACAACAACAAGAAAUCUCAUAGAAUUAAACGAUGAUGAAGAAGAGAGAGAAAGUACAGGAAACACAGAACAGUUCAAUGGGGAUGACGAAGAUGUUAAUGACGAUGAUGGUGAAGAGGAUGAGCAUUCCGAUUUAACCAAUGAACAAAUUGAAGGAGAAGAGGAAGUUAAAGCUCAACUCAGUGACUUUUUACCACCUCCAACAACUUUAGUAUUGGCAGAUAAUCCUUUGAUGCACUUACCUCCAGAUGCAACUGGUAAAAUGCUCGCUGAAAUUGAAGAUGCUGUUCUUGAAGAAGUAACUGAAAGAGCUACAUCAGUUCCUCGAGAAGCUGAAAUCUAUGAUCCAGCUAUAGAUAAUUUUAAUGAUUCUUCAUCAACAGAUUCUUCAUCAGACAAUCAAACAUCUGUUAUUGAAUUAACUAAAUUUCAUAAAUCUCAUAAUACAACUAAUGAAUUAAUGAAAAAUCCAAUGGAAUGUGAUCGUAGAACAUUAAAUUGGCAGGUACAAAGGGAAUUACUAGUACGUAGACGUCAUCGUGCAUCUCCUGUAGAAACUACAAAAAUUGACCGUGAAAUUCGCCGUUUAGAUCAACGUUUCCAUAGGGAAAGUCGACGUCGACGUUCAUGCGAUGAUUUAAUGUUUGGAUCAAUGAAAUCAAUUAACAGUGAUAAUGAUAAUUUUUUUAAUGAAUCGGACAGCGAUUGUGAUUCAUACGAUGCUGAUUAUCCAAAAGUAAAAAAACAAAUAGACAAGAUUAUUUUAUCGUGAAUAACUUAAAUUGCAUACUCUAUAUCGUUUGGUGUGCAUUAAACAUUGAAAUGGUGAAAAUUUUUCUUAGCAAUUCAGAUAGAUGCUUUGGAUGUUGUUAAGUUCUGGAAGCUAGAAAGUUUAAUUGCAAAGAUUUCAUUGUUAUUCUGCAGUGGCCACAAUUGUCUAGCACCAUACAUUUGUGAGCUGCUCUUCAUACAUGACUUGACAAUCUAGUUCUAGUAAAAGUUCUCAAUGAUAGCGACAAUUUUCUGAAAUACUCCAUAGUCUAGAAGAACAUUCUAUAAAGUUCUCAAAAUCACGCUGUUGAAUGGUUUCUCAUUCUUAAGUUGAUGUAUAGUGAUGAGUUCUGUCGAGCUGAUUGCCCAACAGUUAACUGGAUUAUCGUGAUUUGGUCGGUACGUAACCGACCCUUACAUAAACCACCAGCAUGUUGACCCCGAAGUUUGGUGUUUACUCAAUUAUUUUUUGGUUCAGCGACAUCCUGUUGAAACUUUGCCUAGUUCUGAAAAUAGUGUGAUUUCUCUUGAGUUGUCACACCUACUAAGAUCUCUCUUCUUCAGUAUCUUGAUAAGGAUCCCUUUUUUAAUCUGCUGGUACUCGCUAUUUGAAUUCUGCUGUAAGUACUCUCAUACUCAUGCCUCUGAAGUUAUUUGUAACAGAAUAUGUCGGUUCAAAUAGUCCAAUUAUUUUCUAGUUUUCACACUAAACCAAUACAUGAAGUUGUGUACUUGGCUACCAAUUCACAUCACUAACUCUCUUAAGAACAUUAAGACUUCAAGUCUUAUUUGACAGAAUGAGGUAUGACAUUCCUGUCUGUGAUAUUUGGUCAAACUAUUAGUUUUCUAAUCACCAGUGUAUUUUUUCUCUCUAAUCAAUCUUAUGAUUUCCAAGAUAAAUUCAUUUCAUGAAAUAAACGUGUAUUCCCUUUUUAGGGUUGGGGCCCUGACGAGCACAUUCACAAAGUUCCUAAACAUCGCUUUUCAAGUCAUAAACGUUGGCUUAUUGGUUCACAUCAUCAUAAAUGUAGUCGUUUAUCUGUCUCUCCAGCAAUACACUCUGAUCCUGAACCGAAUACUAAUUGGUGGAUACAAGAUACAGAAGAUGCAGAAAAUAAAGAAUGGAACACUUGCCCUGAAGGUUAUGAUUAUGCUGAUGCUGAACGUACUCGAGAAAUACUGUAUGAUUCUCGACGUGAUAGAUAUGAAUCAUGCAAAUAUGAAAAUAAUAUAGCUUAUCAAAAAAGAGGUCAUGGUAAUUUAACACGAUGUCUAUUUGGUGCCGAUGAUAGUCCCGAAGAUAUAAAUCAAUCCAGUGCAGAUGAUGAAGAUGUAAUAGGUCCAAUCUCUGAUGUAUCAAUUGGUGAAGAUUCCGUUGAUGUAGAAAAUGAUGACGAAGAAGAUGAAGAUCUAACUGAUGAACGAUGGGAUCCAUUAAGAGAGUUUAUGUAAUAGCUUUAUUCAUUAUAUUUUUUUAUUGUUUAUGAAAUUGUACAUAUAUCUAUCACUUGUUUCCUUUAUAUUAUCGAUUUCUACUUUUGUAGUGUAUGUUUAUAGAGAGUGAUAUUGAUUAUCUUGUUACACCUUUUAAUCAUUCUUUACUAAUCAUAAUUAUUUUUAAACAUACAAUUUUAAUGUUUCUUCUUUUUUUUUGAAAACAAAAAGUUACUAUGAAAAGACACGAGAAACAAAAUCACAUCUAAUUUAUUUUGUCUUUCGUAAUGUUUGGAUCAUUUUGCAAUGAAAAUAAAUGAAGAUUUGCAGUUGAUGAAAUUUCACU